GGCUGCAGCUCUCAAUGGAAGUUGCUGUAAGUGCGCUGGACCUGGCUGUGCACUAGUCUACAUUUCACUCACUUCAGUUCGCUGUGAGGCUACACAACCAACAGCCGCUUGUUGCUUUAGCUGCUCAAAAGUACGCCGGAGCACCUGGGAUACCUUGCGAUAUCUAUCUAGUGAUUCGCUUUUAGAUUCCUAUUCGCUGCGUCGUUUCAUCAGGCACUGCCGGUGAAUUUAAGAGAGGUCAUAUUAGUACGCAUACAGUCUGUGGGUGUCUUUGACUUGCUGUACGUGGCUGCAUGCAACCGUCUGGAUUCUCAUCGAUAGUUAGAGCACAUCAGUCGAUGGACAGUUUGGUUGGUUAUGGUUUGCAACAUGUUGCAAUAACAGCAGAAGCAGCACUGCAUGCAACUGGAUCUGCAAAGUAAGAGCGGAUCUCGCGACUGUUAACGCACUUUGGGGACUAAUUGAGUGGGUGUACUUUUAAAGUGGGUAUUUAAAAAGGCUCACUGGAUCCUGUAAAGUGAAUCAAUGUGGUGUCAUCAGUGUAAUGCAUAAAUGUAAUUACCGCCAGACUCAGUAUAUUCAUAAACCCAUAAUGACGUGUGUGCAGUGAUCGCGCGCUUUCGCGGGCAUCACGCGCUGUAGCUGCAUUUAACUGUUAAUGAAAAGCACAUUAUUUGCCGAGCUCACCUGGAACUUUCGACUGGACGGAAUGCAUCGUUUUCUAACUGUCAGUUCUCGUUCAUAAGAGUUAAACUUGCGGAACGGAGCGCACGCGAUCGCGGAAUGGGCGCCAGUGGAUCUGAUAUCACAGAGAGACAAUUCAUAUGUUUGCCUAAAGCACACAGACCUGGCAGACACAACACGGCAGUGGAGGAGGACAGUGUUUACUCAGGAGGCGACGGUUCUCGUAAAGCCAAGGCGCGCACUUACUCAGCGGCACUUCUCGCAUGUGUGGACGAGAAUGCCAUCAUGUGUGAUUCUAAGAGCACUUCUUCCAAGAUUUUUACACGCUUCUCCGGGAGGAAUGUCAGCGGGAACGGAAAGAGAAAGUUUGCAUUGUACACUUGGAGUUGGUGGGCGUUUUUCUGCAUGCAUUUCCACGUGUUGAGAGCGGUCACACAAGGUGAUGUGGCCCCCUACUUCAAAACGGAACCGGGUCCUCCAGAGAUCCACCUAGAAGGGAACCGUCUGGUCAUGACCUGCCUAGCGGAGGGCAGCUGGCCUCUGGAGUUCAAAUGGAUGCUCAACAACACAGAUAUCACAGCCUUUUCCCCCGAGUACAAGUAUACCAUCUCCUCUCUCCAGCGCUCCAAUAUGGGUGUUUAUCAGUGUGUGGUGAGAAACAGGAUGGGCGCUCUGCUUCAGAGAAGAGCUGAGAUACAAGUGGCAUAUAUGGGCGACUUUAUCGACAAUGACCAAAGAAAGACAGUGACACAGGGACGGGCUGCCAUCCUAAACUCCCCAGCGGUCAGUUGCUUUCCGCGGCCACAGGUGACAUGGUUCAGGGACGGCUACAAGAUCAUUCCUAGCAACAGAGUAGCCAUAACAUUGGAGAACCAGCUAGUGGUGCUUGCCACAGCCGCGGCGGACGCUGGAAGAUACUAUGUCCAAGCUGUGAAUGAGAAGAAUGGAGAAAACAAGACAAGCCCAUCCAUUUACCUGAAUGUGGCAGAUUCAGAGGCCCCAGCGGACCCUGUGGCUCCAGUGAUUGUAAUCCCACCCCGAAACACUACAGUGGCGGCCGGAGUCAGUGAGGCUACACUGGAGUGUGUUGCUAAUGCACGUCCGGUUGAGAAGCUCAUUUUGAUGUGGCGGAGAAAUGGCGUGGAAGUGGCCAGUGGUGUGGGCUCCUUCGGCCGGCGCUUGACCAUCAUCAACCCAACAAGUGCCGAUGUGGGCAUGUACGUGUGCGAAGCCUCACUUUUGGACAGCAAUGUGAAGCCGGCGGAGGCCAGAGCCUUCCUCUUCAUCACAGAGGUGCCCUAUUUCACCGCUGAGCCCAGGAGAAAGAUGAUGGGAGAGGUGGAGAAAAGCAUGGAUAUCCAAUGCCAAGCUCGAGGGGUGCCAAUACCGAAGCUGGAGUGGUAUAAGGAUGCCGUGCCCCUCAGUAAACUCAACAACCCUCGCUACAAGGUCAUCUCCAGCAUGGGGCUUCAGGUCAGGAAGCUACAGCCCGGCGAUGCCGGAAUCUUCCAGUGCUUCGCCAGGAACUCGGCCGGAGAGGCUCAGGUCCACACAUUCCUGGACAUCACAAGUAUGGCUCCGGCCUUCACAGCGGCACCGGUCGACAUCACUGUCACAGACGGAGCGGUGGCCUCGUUCACCUGUCAGGUGUCCGGGGCCCCUAAAACUGCCAUUAUCUGGAAGAAAGAUACUCAGAUCCUCGCCAGCGGUUCUGUGCAGAUUCCGCGUUUCACCCUGCUGGAGUCCGGCGGUCUGCAGAUUCAACCGGUGGUGCUGCAGGACACGGGGAUGUACACCUGCUACGCCGCUAACUCAGAGGGAGUGAUCAAUGCCAACGCCUCCCUCACCGUAUGGAGUCGCACGUCCAUAUCCAGGCCUCCCAUGGACAGACGUGUCAUUAAGGGGACCAUGGCCAUUCUGGAGUGCGGUGCCACCCACGACCCGCGUGUGGCAGUGAGGUACGUGUGGAAAAAGGAUGAGGAGUUAGUGAGCCAGACCAGAGGGGGGCGUAUCAGCCUGCAGGAGGGCUCCUUGCAUAUCAGUCAAACCUGGUCCGGGGACAUUGGGGACUAUACCUGUGACGUCAUCUCUCAGGCCGGCAACGACUCCAAGGCAGCCCGUCUGGAGGUCAUAGAGCUGCCACACUCACCUCGAAACCUACAGGCCAGCCUGAACGCCAACAACAGCCGCAGCGUGGAUCUGUCCUGGAUGAGACCCUUCGAUGGAAACAGCCCCCUAUUGCAUUAUGUGGUGGAGCUUUCAGAGAACAAUUCUCCCUGGAGAGUGUAUUUGCCUGAUGUGGACCCCACCCUGACCGGAGCCAUGGUGAAGGGCCUCACUCCGGCCCGCUCGUACCAGUUCAGGGUUUGCGCGGUCAAUCAGGUGGGCAAGGGACAAUACAGCACCGAAACCAACAGAUUGAUGCUGAGAGAGGAACCGCCCAGUGCUCCACCCAAGAACAUCGUAGCCAGCGGCAGAACUAACCAGUCCAUUAUGGUGCAGUGGCAGCCCCCUCCAGAGCCUCAGCUCAAUGGAGUCUUGAGAGGCUACGUCCUCAGGUACCGGCUCGCCGGGCUCCCUGGAGAGUACCAGCAGAAGAACAUCACCAGCCCUGAGAUCAACUACUGCCUGAUCACAGAGCUCAUCAUCUGGACCCAGUAUGAGAUUCAGGUGGCCGCGUAUACCGGGGCAGGCCUGGGCGUCUUCAGUCAGCCUGUCACUGAGUACACGCUGCAGGGAGUUCCUACAGCGCCCCCUCAGGGUGUGGAGGUCAAGGCAGUGAACUCAACCAUAAUUGAAUUUACCUGGAAUCCACCGCCUCAACAGUUCAUCAAUGGCAUUAAUCAAGGUUACAAGUUGAUGGCGUGGCCUGAACGAUCUCCAGAGGAUGUUAUCAUCGUGACCAUCACCCCUGAUUAUCAUGGGACACGACACCUCGGUUACAUCAGUGGUCUAAAAAAGUUCACCUGGUACUUGACCUCAGUGCUGUGUUUCACCACACCAGGGAAUGGACCCCGCAGUGUCCCCAAACUGGUGCAGACUCAUGAGGACAUUCCAGGCCCUGUUGGUCGCUUGAGCUUUACAGAGAUUUUGGACACGUCUCUGAGAGUUAGCUGGGAGGAACCAGUGGACAAGAACGGCAUCAUUUCUGGUUACUUGGUGUCCUGGGAAGCUCAGGGGAAGAACCAAUCGCGAGUGGCGCGUACAUUGGCCAACACCACAUUAGACUACAAGGUCACCGGCCUGACGUCCCUCACUACGUACACGCUAGAAGUGGCAGCUAUGACGGAGGCGGGCGUAGGAACUGUAACUUCCUCCACCAUUUCAUCCGGAGUGCCACCAGAACUUCCCGGGCCUCCAUCAAAUUUGGUUAUUUCCAAGAUCAGUUCACGAUCUGCUACGCUGAAGUUCCGUGCAGGGGAUGAUGGGAAGACAACCAUCUCCAAGUGGAUCGUUGAGGGGCAGGUGGGCAGUAUCGGUGAAGAGGAAGAGUGGAAGGUUUUGUACGUGAAAGAGAAUGACCCUGAAGCUCAGCUGCUGGAGGUGCCCAAUCUCACACCGUUCACACACUACAGGUUCCGAAUGUGUCAGGUGAAUAUCGUGGGCCCGAGUCCGGUGAGCAUGCCGUCCCGUGUAAUUCAAACCCUGCAGGCUCCUCCAGACAUGGCGCCUAGCAGCGUGACCGUGCGCACGGCCAGUGAGACCAGCCUCUGGCUACGCUGGGUGCCACUGCCGGAGACCGAGUACAAUGGAAACCCAGAGAGCGUGGGCUACAGGGUCAGAGUGUUGCGAGCGGACCAGCGGGAUGAAGCCAGCACACGACUGGUGAACGACAGGCUGGAGAGGGAGAUCACCCUGGAGGGUCUGGAGGAGUGGACCGAAUACCAGUUGCAGAUCCAGGCUUUUAAUUCCAUAGGCCCCGGACCCUGGAGUGAGCCCGUGAAGGGACGCACACGCGAGUCAGUGCCAUCGGGGGCUCCGGAAAAUGUGACGGUGGAGGCCAUGAGCUCCAGUCGCAUCCUGGUUACCUGGGGCCCAGUUCCUGAGCACGAGCAGAACGGCAACAUCCUCGGAUACAAGGUUAUGUACAAAGAGAAAGACUCCGGUUCGGAGGCACAGGUCAGCGUGGUUAAAGGCAAUCUGACGCAGUCUGUCUUACUGAGGAACCUGCGUAAAUACGUCCAAUACGAAAUCCAAGUUUUGGCUUUCACACGAAUCGGAGAUGGGCAGCUCAGCAGGCCACCGGUCCUGGAGAGGACCAAGGAUGAUGUUCCCGGACCACCUAUGAGACUUGUGUUCCCGGAGGUGCGUCUGACAGAAGUGAGGGUGGUCUGGCAGCCCCCUGUGGACCCCAAUGGCAUAAUUAUGGGAUACCAGGUAGCUUACCGUCUGGAUUCUGGGGAUCCCAACCAGUUCAUCACAGUAGAGGUGGGCCCUGAUACCCGACAGUUCACCGCCUCCAACCUGACCCCGGAGUCGGCCUACAUCUUUCGCAUCUCUGCCAAGACGGAGCAGGGCUGGGGAACACCUGCACAGGCUGUGGUUAUAACUACUGAGAUCAGAGAGCGACCGCAGCCUCCACGGCAGCUGCGGGUGCCCCAGGAACACGUGCAGUCGCGCAAACUACAGCUCAACUGGGUGCCCGGAGGGGACGGCUCCUCUCCCGUCCGUUACUUCACCCUGCAGACGCGGGAGCUACCCAACGGAGACUGGCUCACCCAUUCCUCCACUAUAAGCCACAAUUACACCUCCUGGGAAGUGGACAGGCUGAAACCCUUCACUUCAUACAAGCUCAGAAUGAUGGCGACUAAUGACAUCGGAGACAGCAAGUACAGCCAAGAGACGGAUGCAAUUACCACUUUACAAGAUGUUCCUGAUGAAGCGCCCACAAUUCAAGCCGUGAAACCCUCCACGACAACAUCUGUGCUGGUGCAGUGGCAGUCGCCCAAGGAGGAGAGUGUGAACGGGGUUCUGGUGGGCUAUCGGCUCUACUACCGCGAGCUGCAGUAUGACAGCGCACCGCAGGAAUCAAAGAGGGCCGUCAACAGCUCCUUGCUGCGCACCGAACUGACAGCCAAAAGCACUGUGAAGACUGUCAGCAAUCCUUCAUUAACCGAAUUUGAGCUAACGCAGCUGCAGAAAUACAGGCGCUAUGAAAUUGUGAUGACUGCCUACAACGUCAUUGGCGAAAGCCCUCCAAGUGCUCCGGUAGAGGUGUUUGUUGGAGAAGCAGCCCCCUCCGUGGCCCCUCAGAACAUCCAGAUCAACACUUUGUCAUCCACACAGCUGGAGUUGCAGUGGGAGCCGCCCCCUGCCGAGACCCAAAAUGGCAUUAUUCAGGGAUAUAAGAUUCUUUACUGGGAGAUGGAUAAUCAGAAUGAAACAGAGAGAGUUAAGAUUCUCUUUCGACCUGAAACCAACAUGAGACUGAAGAAUCUGACCAGCUUCACAUACUAUAUGGUCAAGUUGUCUGCCUUCAAUGCUGCUGGAGACGGUCCUUUCAGUGAGCCCAGGAGGGGGCGCACUCUUCAGGCAGCCCCCAGCACUCCCAGCUUCAUCAGUUUCUCCGAGGUGACCAGCAGCACUCUGAACGUGUCCUGGGGUUUCCCGCUGUCCCCCAACGGUGUGGUGGAAGGCUACAGGGUGGUAUAUGAGCCCACUGCCCCUAUUCAAGGUGUGACUAAAGUGGUGACAGUGGAUAUCCGUGGCAGCUGGCAACGCUGGCUGAAGGUGCGUGACCUGACCAAUGGCGUGACCUAUUGCUUCCGCGUGCAGGCCAAAACUAUUGCCUUCGGGCCUGAGGCAGAGGCCAGCAUCACAGCGGGUCCUGUCAGAGGGUCUCCUGGAUCUCCUGUAGAAAUGUCAAUCUCAAAGACAGGAUCCAUGCUCAACAUCCAUUGGACACCAGGAGAUACAGGAGCAGGACAUGUGACCGGUUAUGUGAUUGAAGCACGCCCAUCAGAUGAAGGGAUGUGGGAUACAUUUGUGCGGCACUUGCCUCCCACCAGCACCUCUCACUCAGUGAGUCUAGACCGCCUGCGGCAGGGUAUCAGCUACCAGUUCAGAGUGCUGGCUGUCAACGAGUUCGGCUACGGCGAGCCGAGUGCUCCCUCUGCUGCCAUGUCAGCUCAACUAGACACCCCGUUUUAUGAGGAGUGGUGGUUUCUCGUCGUGUUGGCGUUGUGUUGUCUGAUUCUGCUGUUGCUGGUGGUUUUUGGUCUCGUCUUGCACGGACAGAACAGAAAGUACAAGAGCUGUGGAACAGGUAAAGCUGUGUCCACGGUGGAGGAGACGGUCACGCUGGAUAAUGGAGGCUUCACAGCUCUAGAGCUCAACAGGAGGCCCGUUCAUGUCAAGAGUGUCUUCUUGAGGAAGAAUGGCACCAGCAGGUCCCCUCCCCGACCCAAUCCAGCCGGACUGCGGUAUUCAGACGAAGACAUCUGUAGCAACUACAAUGGCGUGGUCUCCACAGAGAGCACCGCGCUGACAGAGAGGCCUGCAGAGAUGUCCGAGUCUGAGGCCACAGACAGCGAGUGCGAAGAGGAGCCGAUCAAACACUCGUUCGUGAAUCACUACAUGAGCGACCCGUCAUAUUUCAACUCGUGGAAGCGGCAGCAGGAGGGGCUGAAGCAGACGCUGGCCUGUUCUUAUGAUGAAUGUGCCAGCGGGGACACAGAGUCCUACUAUCAGACAGUGGUCACGCAGCACAGCGUUGGCGGGGUCUACACCCCCGCCGGCCAGCCCGCACCAGGCUCACGGACUCCCAUCACAGGGUUCUCCUCAUUCGUGUGACAUACAAGAGGACCCAGACACCUCUUUGCGGCUCAGACAACAUAGUUGCAGAGGAAAUUCUCUGGUUUCGCACAGUACUAUCACCACGAGCACUACAAGAGACAUCACAUGUGACCGCUGGAUCCUGAAUGUACUCGAUAAGAGAAGGAGAGAAAAAAUGAUUUUUAUACGUCAAUAUCAAUACCGAAGACUAAUCAGAGUUACUGUUAAUGUACAUGUCCCUCCUGUUUGCAGCCUUGGUUGUGAAAGAUGCAUAAAUGUCUGUGGUUUUAAUAAGCAGGACGAAACAGAAAACGAGACAUUCCCACUCUAAAGAGCAGCAUAUAUUCACACUGAACAUCCCUGCCCUUACCACACUGAAAAGAACAUAAGGAAAAAGCUAAAUGAAAAACACGCUGUAAUUACUGUAUACUCUUGUCUGAAUAAUCUCAUCUCACCGUCAUUGUCGCUAUAUACUGUAUACAUGUUGCACUCGAGAUCGUAAAGGUCAUGAAAUGUAAAUCUUCUCUAAUUGAUUUGAUUCGCAUUCACGCGGCCUGGAUAAUGAAGCACGGUUGUUUUCAGUAUAUUCUCUAUAGACUCACCAGCAAGAAAACCUACGGAGGCUGUCAGAAGAAGCCAGACAGCUCGGUGAAAUCAGACGGUGAGACAGUGCCAGAUGUGUUGUGAUUUGUGCCAUUGCUCACUCUCACACAUAUCAACAAUCAAGUUCAUUGUUUGUUUGGGUUUUUUUUUUUUUUUUGUUCUCUUACUCUUCUUGUUUUGUUCCUGUCUGUUUGGCCUCACUUGGGAACUGCAAACACUCACUUGAAAUUAUUUAAUGAACGCUCGUAUGAAUUGUAUGUGAGGAGAUCAGUAUGUGGUUGCUUUGAACAUAUGUUCUGCACUUUUGAGCCAUAAAAAUGUCAGUUUCCUUCUUUGAUCGAAUAUUUGCUUUUUUACAGGCUUGUAAAAAGUGUAAUUUUACAGUGCGAUUUUAGAAUUAAUUUGUAUGAAUUUUGUUCACCGUAGUGUUCUUCAGAAGUGACGUACAGUAGUUCUGUUGUACUUUCACAAGAAGUAUGAAUUUUUGCAGUUCUUGAAAAUGCCAACACAACAAGUAUAGUAAUCAAACAAGAGUGUACUGUUGUGGAAAUGUUUGUUUCAAUUCCACCAACUGUUUUAGCACAAGUGUAUGUCAUGGACGUUCAUGAAGUAAAGAUUUUUUUAUGAUAAAUUAAAUGUUUGUUGUUCACUUA